AUGAAAAAUGUAACCGAUUCUUUCAUUUCUUUGGGUUAUUGGCCAUCCGCCGAGAGUUUCGGAUUUAAUACCGAUAUUUUAGCAACAAAUCCAAUAAAUCUAAGCGUAGUGCUUGGUGUAUUGAUUUUUUUUGGAAAGGGAGUGUUAAGUGAUUUAUUAGAUAAUCGAAAACAGAGGAUCUUGAAAACAAUUCAAAAUUCAGAAGAACUCCGUGGGGGGGCCAUUGAACAGCUGGAAAAAGCCCGGGCUCGCUUACGAAAAGUCGAAAUGGAGGCGGAUCAGUUUCGAGUGAAUGGAUAUUCUGAGAUAGAACGAGAAAAAUUGAAUUUGAUUAAUUCAACUUCUAAAAGUUUGGAACAAUUAGAAAAUUAUAAAAAUGAAACUAUUCGUUUUGAACAACAAAAAGCGAUUAAUCAAGUACGACAACAGGUUUUCCAACAAGCCUUACAAGGAGCUCUAGGAACUCUGAAUAGUUGUUUGGACAACGAGUUACAUUUACGUACCAUCAGUGCUAAUAUUGGCAUGUUUGGGACGAUGAAAGAAAUAACUAACUGA